AUGGUGGAUCAGAAAAUUUUUCCAAAUGUACGUGCCUUCAAUAUUUUGGUAGAUGCACUUUGCAAAAAAGGGAUGGUAAAAGAUGCAGAGAGUAUAUUUGAAAUCAUGAUGCAAAGAGGAGAGGAUCCUAAUGUAGUCACUUACAAUGUUCUGAUCAUUGGAUAUUGUUUGCAAGGCCAGAUGGAUGAAGCAAUGAAAGCAUUCAAUUCCAUGGAGGGCAGGGGAAUUGAGCCUAAUGUAGUCAGUUGCAAUGCUUUGAUUCACGGAUAUUGUUUGCAAGGCCAGAUGGAUGAAGUAAUGAAAGCAUUCAAUUCCGUGGUGGAUAGGGGAAUUGUGCCUGUAGGCUUACCUGACUUGUUUUUGCUGUAUGCUUUUGAUACUGUUCAUAUUUCUCUGACUGCGAGAAAGCUUCUAAGUGAGAUGCAAGAUAAAGGUCAAAUUCCAAGUACUCACACUUACUAUGUCCUAUUGGAUGGCCUGUGCAAAAACGGGCACAUUUCUGAAGCGUUGUCAAUAUUUCACACGAUGGAAAUAAAUGGAUUAAAUUCUCAAAUUCAUAUUUACAACAUCCUCAUUGAUGUACUUUGCAAUAAUGGAAAAUUUGAUGUUGCUUGGGGUCUUUAUGAUGACCUUUUUCUUAAAAAGCUACAACCUGAUGUUUGGACGUAUACUAUACUAAUAAAGGGACUUUGUCUAGAAAGACUACUGGAGAAAGCUGAGGAGCUUCUCAGGAAAAGGGAAGAGACUGGUUGUUUGCCUAAUAGUGUCACUUAUUGUCAAGACCCUGCACUCCUCAAUAUGAUUCAGAAGUUCGCGCCAAGGGAAAGCAUCAAUGUUCAAGCUCAAGUGUUGGUAUUAUUGAAUGUUAUGCAGUUAGAGAGUGAUUAUGGGAUUCCAUUGAGGAUUGGAUUUGAGUCUAAUUGUGUGUUGGAUAAGGUUCCUCAUUUGGGGUCUGGGUUACCCUUUAGAAGGAUAAGUGUGAUAGGAUGUUGUCAUGUUCCUGGGUCUUAUGACCAUUCUUCUUCGAGCUCCGAAGUAUUAGGUAGCAGUGUAGAGGAGACUGGUGUUAAUCUUAAGUCGAGUAUAGGAUUCAGUGGGUUUUGUGCUUGA